UACAGAGCUGAGAAAACUCUACCAAAGGAUCCCGCAACCUUCUGCAUAUUGAAACUGCCAUCUUUUGUUCAGAUGGGUGAUCAUGAGGGUAUACGCGUAGCAAGUGCUUUCGAGAAAGACAUUUGGUUCCGAGUUACGGGUGAUCAAAUUACGGAAUCGUCCAAGGAAAAACAGGUUGGUUUUGAGGCUAGUUUUGGUUGUAAGGAAGCCUCUUUUAAAGCGGAUUGCAAGACAACAUCUAAAGAUGAAGCUAAAGUAACAGUUGAAGCUAAAGUUGAGCCAGGAUUUACUAAGUUGGCACAUCUUGAAGAGAAUACGAUAGAUCCACCGAAUUCCAUUGGUCUUGAAAGUGACAAAACUAGAGUUUACCUGACGGUCUAUUACCUGAAUAAGGAAGGAAAUCAAAGAUAUCUCUCGGAAAAUGUUCCAUAUAAGCGUGGACACGCCUGCAUAAUUACUGCAAAGGGAGGGAUAGUGGAGUCUCUUAAUGAGUCAGAUAUCUGGCUAGAUAGAAACGAAGUCAACCACAAGACGCAAGAUAGAAAAGAAAAAAUAAAGACAUGGUUAAAAAGCUUACGAAACAUAGCGGAUACUAUGGGUCCUUCUGAUGAUAAAGACAAGAUAACUUUAAAUGCCAGGAAAAUAUCUAAGAAGUACAGGAAACUAGAAGUAAGAACUGAUAGGGUCAUUAAAAACGUUUUCCUUUAUGGAAAAGAAAUCUUAAAGGCAAUGGAGAACCUACAAAAGGUACUUAAGAAUAGCAACAAGACGGUCAAAGACGCCAUUGAUGAGCUUGAGUGGGAAAUGGAAGAAACUAAAAAUCUAAAAGAAUCAUUAGAAAAACUUCGCGAAGAUUACCCAGUCUUGGUUGAUGACCUGGAUGAUUUUCGAGACUCACUGAAACUAACAGAAAACAAAGAUUCAAUAAACUUGAUUGACGUGAUAAGUUCACUUCUUAGCUACGUACCCGAAGUUUCGCAAAGAAUCUCGAAGAAAGCCAAAGUUCAUUUGUCACCGAAGGAGACCUUGGAUAACAUCGUCAAAGAACUUGAAGGAAUUAUAGAAGAUUUGGUCGACUUGGAAAGUAAAUUUAAUAUAACUGAACGUGCUAAGGCUAAGGCUAUGGACCUCACAACAGAUGAAAUAGUAGACAAAUUAAUACAGAGGGCAAAAGAACUUGUAAGUGUUUGUGAUAGAUUCUUAAUGGAAUGAGGAUGAUACACGAUAAUAGUACAUAUUGUAAUACUGAUAUCUGGAUAUUAUCCGGUUGGAAGAGACAAGGACAAGUGAAACAAGGAAGUUAGGA